UAUUAAUAUUUCUGAAAUGUUUGUAGUGACAAAAAUUGGGCAAGGCUAUUCAGCGGAGUAUUUUAAUUCUUAAAAUUCAUAGUGUUUAGCUGGUUAAUCGAUGUGGACAAUUGAUGGCUAUGAAGGUCUUUAAGUAACAAUAGUCAUCAUUUUACGAAAAUGAAAUAAAAAUGAUGCAGCUAUUAAGCAACAUCCCAGGAGUCAUUAGAGUAAGAGAGUGUGAAUGUGAUGGUUGCAUUAUGAUGGACUACGCGAAAUAGGGAAAUCUGUUAUAAUAUUUAAAGCUCAGAAAAUUCACUGAAGAAUUUUCAAGACAUUACUUUAAAUAAAUAAUACAAAGUAAGCAUCUGCUGAAAUCAUAGUUAUUUCUGAAAUUCAUAAAAAAGGAGUAGCUCAUAGGGAUCUAAAGUUAGAAAACAUAUUAUUGGAUGAUAAUUUCAAUAUCCUUAUUUGUGACUUCGGAUAUGCAAUUAAUUUUUUGGAUGCACAGGGCAAAAGAAUUAAGAUUAAUACGUAUUGAAUUUAAAUGAAUUCAGUUAUGUCGGUUCUCCCUCCACCGCAGCUCCAGAGAUUUUCCUUCAAUAACCUUAUCAUGGAAUCGAGGCUGAUUUAUUCCAAUUAGGAGUCAUACUAUUUUAGAUUACUUCUGGUUUCUGUCCCUUUUAAACUGCGAACAUUAAAACAGAUUAAGUAUACUAAUUAAUUUACAGGUAUUGACGUCUUGCUAUUAUUUAAGGAAAUAGUACAACAAGUUUUGGGAAGUACAAUAGGUUGAUUUUAGUCCUGAAUUGAAAGAUCUCAUAACAAAGCUAUUGGCUUUCAAUCCUAACUAAAGAUUAUCAGUAAUGAUCUCUAUAUAUAUAUCUAUUUAUUAGAUCUCAGAAAUUGAGGCACAUCCUUGGAUACUCAAGUGUGAAGUUGAUGAUUCACUAAUUGUUCAUGAAAUGAGCAAUAGAUACCAAUAGAUACUUCAAACAUCUGAAGAAUAAGAACAAUGA